AUUGAAAAGAGGUUUAUAGCGAGUUUGGUGUCAAGCUGUCAAGUAUUAUUGCAUCGAGGCUCAACUGGCCGUCAUAACCGAUGUGAAUUUUCGAAAUUCAAAAUAAUGACGCAAAUUCUUUUCCAAUGUGUUUAUUUUGAAAAUGAUACCAAAAAUUUACAAUAAAAACGGUUUUGUCAGUUGUGUUUUUGUAGGCAUUAUUGUAUUGUAUACCGUAUAUCUUUUGAAGCAGUUGGUAAUUUUGUUCAUCGCAGCAUUAGGAUCUAAAUUUAUGUGAUAGCAGGCAUGUUAAUUAGUAAGGUAUCUGACCAUGAUGAGGGACAGGAGGAGAGUGCCGAGGUUUCUGAUGGGGAGGGGAAUUCCCACGAGUACCAGACCGCCAAUGAGCUGUUCGAGCUCAUGGCGAAGAACCAGAAUUUCGACAACAGUGAUGUCGACAAACUUACAACCAGAGACUUAGUACUUCUUUACAAGAACAUCGAUCUCGGGACGAAGCUUAUGUCGAACGCGAACGAACUGAAGCGAAGGAAACCGAACCAGCACGUGGAGACCAUCGUGUACAACGACGAGCCGGAGUCGGAGUGCUCCGACCUCAGCGACAUCUACAGCAACGAGGACCUGCACAACGUGUUCCUCAUCAACAAGGAGAGGCUCGACCUCCUCAACGCCCCCUCCUCCGUAGAGAACACCCUCUGCCACAAACUAGGCGGCCUUGACAUACAAACCUCAGACCUCACCACCCAGUACGACAAACACUUCGUUUUCAAAGACCCAUACAUCAAAGAACAACUCAAAAGCUUCAAGUUAAUGAACAACGCCUCGGAGUCGGAAGGCGCAGUUCUACCAGCCUCGCUCCUCGACUAUAUCUGUUGCAAACGUUUGGAGGAUAACUACAACUUUUAUAUGGAUAAUAUCAUUCGUUACGUCAAACAUACGAUAGAACAAUUAAAGCGUAUCAGCAAUGGAGAUUUCCUAACUGAUAGAGCUAAAGAGAAGUGGCGCGAAGUUGAGAAUACAGCGGAAGAUCAGGCUACCACUAAAGUUCUAGCAACUUCCACUAGUAUACCGUUACACGUUGAACGCAAAAUUGGUGGCAGGAAAUCUACGUGGGAUGAUAUAGUACAUUCUGCAGUGGAUAUCAGAUCAUUAUCUAAAAUUCUUGAAAAAAAAAUUGUCGUGGAAGUACCGAAACUUCUAUGUGGAUCGUAUAAACUUCUGAGUAAAUGCUGUGCAGACAAUGUUAUUAUUAGUUGCAAAAAAGAUAAGCGGCCGGUUGAAGAAACAAUGACUGCGGACUCGCGAGUUGAUGUCGUGUUUCAGUUGCAACGCUCUGAGACAGGACAGGUCAUUAGUAAGAUCAGUUCGAUCAUGAUCCUACAAACCGCACCUCUUUGCGCUGACACACUCGGACCAGAAAUAAUGCCCUUACCUUUAGCUUAUACAGAGCAGACUAACCGUAAUCGCUCUCCGGACAGGACACCCAGAAUUAUAGAAUUGGAACCCAUUUGCAUAGAAGAAACUAUACCAGAAGUGUCCGUACAGUCUGAAUGUGAAUUGAGCCCUAUUGAAUUUCCCAUUGAAAAUUUUGAUCCUUAUAAAGAUAACUCUGGAAGGAAAGGCUAUGAAUGCAGCGAUAAUGAAGGAGCCGCAUCAUUGAAGAACUCCGGGAGCUUUCAGGAAUCGAGUGACUCUAGUGACGCCUUACGUGACAUUUUGGAUAGAAAACUAAAGUAUGCCAAACAGGAAGCUUCCUCUAACAUGUUUCCUGAUGAUUUGCGCAUGACUAUACAGAAACUGACCAUGCAAGGUCCUUUGGCAGAAGAAAGUGGAGAAGACAUGUCACCGUCGACAGCUAUGAAAAAGAAAUCACUGACGCGAGUUAGAAUAAAGUCUCCUUACGAGAAUCAGUCUUACAUCAUGGAAGAAAAGAAAAGAAGGAAGCUGUUAGAGGUAAGGGAGAGGCGCGAGAGAAAGAAAAUGGCACUCACUGAAAACUGCAAGAUAAAUAAACAUCAUAAAUACGGGAAGGGAGCUAUAAUGCCACAAUCUGCAAGUUCUGUUACAAAAUUGUCGAUAUCUAAUAAGUCUUUCUAUAAUUCGAUCUACGGACAGACAACGAAUGUGGAUCCUAGCAAGCAAGCCAAAGGUAGAAACCUAAAGGGUAAACGUGAAGUUUUGGAAAUCGAUCUGGAAUGCCCUGACUGCGACCAAGAUACAGUGGUCUCGACACCUGAUAAGCCGACAGUUAAGAAUUCCAAGAAAUACAUCAACAGGAGUUAUUACUUAGACGAUGCCGACACAGAAAUGAUGUACAUAAAUAUGAAACAAAAUGAUAACGAGGCAAAAGAGCUGUGCUCUGCGUCCACUUCUGUCAUCUCUAAUGAUUUUCGUAAUAACUUAAACUUGCUUUCUCAACUAAUCGGCCCUUCUGAAACCGACCUUCAUAUUGCGAACAAUGAAACUUCUCCCGAUAGUAAACCACAAGAGUUGACUGCUGAGAGAGACGGUGAUAUUGAAAAUGGUAGUCUACCAUCUGUAUUGAUGGCUUCUAAAACCAAAGCGAAUAUAGUUCCUUCAAAUUCUCCCAAUGUUGAAGAACACCUUAGCACUGAACAAAAGAAGCUUGCCUCUUCAGUGGAAUGUAGGAAGAGUAUAGAUCAAAUUUAUGAUUUGAUGAAAAAAUUAGGAAAUACUGUGGAAAAGGAGAUUGAAAGUAAGUCUCAAAAGAAGUAUAUACCAACUGUUGAAAAGGUCGAAGAGGUUGAACGUCGUAUGAGUUCGACGUGUCAAGGCAGUGAUAGUGGUACCAGUCUUAAGCACCACUUAACAUCUUCGAAUCCCAGUUCCUUUAGCUUUGAUAAAAAUAACAUCGAAAAAACAACUCCCAACAUAAGGAAGCCUGAAAGUCCGUCCAGUGUCGUUCCGAAGGUUAUCAUCAGUUCGAAAUCAUCCGUAUCUCCCAAACCUGAUUUGGAAAAGAAUCCUAAGAAGGACCGCAGAAAACCUAACAAUCAGCACAGUCCUACACGCAGAGUUCUUCAGGACAAUCCUUUGAAAGCAAUAUCACAACUAUUACAUGAAUUCGAGCACGUCCAAAAAACAAGACACAAGCAAGGUACGGAACAAAAACCUGCUAAGAAAGCGGAAAUGCAAUCCUCCGACGGACGAGGUGGGUCGCGGCAAAGUUCUAUGAAACGGCGCUCGCGACUCGAACAACACAAUGAUGCGCAGAACGAACGACACGCUAGAGUUACUACACCCAAAGACAAAAAAGCUAAACCGUAUAACGUUAUGGAUAUAACGAAAAUUCCUUAUCAACAAAUAGCAGUAGACGAUAAACAUGCAGAUAGAAUACCUAAGAAGAAAAUAACAGAUAUAUUAGACGAAGCAAAAGAAGCGAGAGGUGAAGCAGUUCGAGGCCCUUCAAAAAAUUCUAGAUUGAAUUCGCUUGCACAGCCGAAGAGGACAUAUGUACAGGCUCAUAGCGAAGAAUAUCAAAUUAAAUACGGCAAAACUUUAAUGGCCGAUAGACUGCAAAGAUUAGCAGCCGCUCCUCCCCCCUCUCUCAUGGACAGAAAUACAGGUUCAACAAGUUCCAGGAGUAAAGCGAAACGCAAUGGUUCCGACGGUGUGUCAGCAGUUUCUAUGAAAACUCCGCCCGUGCCACCCUUAGAGCGAGCAUUUAGAGCACGUCACUCUUCGAGCAGCAGUCCCGAAGCCAGAGACAGGAUAAAUCAAGGUGUGGGGCCGUCCCAUAAACAAAAUAACGCGCCGGAAACGCCCCAAACAUUAAUGAAAAAGAUGGUGGCAGUUGAUGCGUACGUGAAAAAUCAUUAUGGACGCGCCACGUCUUCUUCAGUCGUCAGCAAUGAAACUCAGAGCGCACAGAAGUCGCGGGUCCCACUGCUGCCGAGCGACAUCGAACUGGCGUCAUCGACAUCAUCUCCGCCCAUAGAAGAGUCUACCGAGCUGGGAAGCAGACUGCAUUAUAUAAUAAAUUCGAUCAUUAAGACUACUUCACAAGGUCUGGAGGUGCUGACCGAAUGUCACGAAAGCAAUUCUAAAAUAAGCAAAGAAAACACAGAUGACUAUUCUCUCGCUGAAAAUGUAUCCAGGUCCGAACAUGCGUCUUCUGAUUCUGAUUACAACUUAGACGUAUUAGGUGACAAUAAAAUAAUAACGUCAGUCGAAAAAUUAGAAAAUGCCUCUAAAAAAAUACAGAAGCAAAACAAUGUUGGAGAGACGGACGCUACUCAACACGACUUACGACCACCUCAGUCGGAGACUGAAUUGGAAAAACUAGAAAAUGCUUUAUGUCGCCACAUCUCGGUGGGCAAUUUUCAAAAACGUUUGCGGAUCAAAAACUUGACGUUGACGCCCAAACAAUCGAUGCAGCAAUUGUUCGUGCUUCAGUCCGGGGACGCGAGCUCACUUGUAGUCAAAGCAUCAGUACCACAAAUUAAACAAACAACUGCAAAUUCUGUUACAGAUUUAACCGCUUUGCCUGUACUGUCGAAAUCAAAAAAUUUUGAUUGGAAUUUCUCUGGGUUUCCUAUGCAAAUUUCAACCGUCGGAUAUGCUUUCCCGGAUUAUAAUCAAGUCAAGUCAAGUCAGCGCAGUUCCUCUUCUCUUAUAAAAUUAUUUGAUGAGGUUUCUAAAAACUCGCAGGAGAAAAAGGGUUUACUUGAUAACGAUACUGCUCAACGAGAUAAUCCAUGUGUCAUAGUAACACAGCCUCAAAUGAAUUUCGAAGAAGCUGCUCAAGAUGACGUUCAGGUCACCAAAUUAAAAGCUGCAGAGACAACCGACACUCAUGUAGAGGAUUCUAAUGUGAAUGAAGAAAAAAAGCAGAACGAUGAAAAUAACAUAGAACCAGCGCAUACUAUCAUAAUAGAUUGCAGUGAACCAAAAAAAGCGAAAUAUACAACAAUUAGUGAUAACCAGGAAGGAAACCACUUGAUAGUUGAUAAUAAGGAAAAAGGUUCGACGUUAGCAAACUCCGAAAGUAUUGAAUACACGACGUCUCUAGACAUACUAGUCGGGCUUUUAAACGAAAUCCAAAAGAUCACAACAUGUCAAACUCAAAUAACUAACGACGAUAAAAGCCAGAACGAGUUUCAACAAAACAAAGAACUCCAAACGAUUUUAAAUAACGCAUCUAUUAUGGACAAUUCUUUGAAAAGCAGUCCUUGUGACUUAAUUUCUUUCACGUCCCUCGACAGACUUCGACAAUUGGAGUCUAACCCGAGUCUUUACUCGUUCUACUUAUCCGAUAAUGAAGGAUAUGACAGAACCCCCAGUACAUUUAAUUUAUCUUCGGAAAUAAUCCCACUCAAUACCAAAGAAAUGUUGACGUCCAAACCGAUUUUAGCUGAUAAGGAAGUUGGUGUAGAUUUCAUAGACAGGCAACUUGUGAAUAAAUUUACUGAUGUUCCCUCACAACUGUUCCCGGGUGCCAAGAACCACAGCACCAACGUGACCAAGUCACUGAUCGGAGUGCUCAACGAACCCUCCGCACAGUCAGUAUUCUCUUUCGCUGAAUACCACUCGUUAUAUUCAAACUCUUCAACCCUGGCUCCUAAUCACACAGGGGAAGCACCACAAAUUAUUAUAACCAGAGAAUCCAACCAAUCUAUAGCUUUCAUCGAAAUUGGCAACCAAACAAAUAAUGCGACUAUUGAAUUUCCAAAUGAAACCAAGAUUUGUAACACAAAGAUAGAAACGCUCGCAAAAAAUGGGAUUAAAAAAAAGUUUAAGACAACUAAAGAAAGAUAUCGGCUAAAGACGGAGUUCGAUCCGAUUAUGAAAAUGAAAAGGGAUAUUUUGGUAACGGUGUACUCAAUUUUGGUGUUCACUGUAUUCGCUGCUUUGUCGUUUCCUGAAAUAUUGUAUCGUGUUUGAGUCCAUUUUGGCCAUAUGUAAAAAACUUGCCGCUUCAUUAUUAGUACUGUCACUAGUAAGUUUAAUAUUCGUAUUGUUCUUUGAACAAAAAAACAAUUAUUGUAUUGUUCUAGCUAAAGUUCAUGUAUUUAUUUAUUUAUAAAAGUAAGAUAUUAUGUUUAUUGCGGUAAUUUUAUACAUAUGGCCAAUGCUUCAUUCCAGAAUUUUAAUUGGUUCAAGGCCAUUCCCUUAAUUUGUUAACUAUUAUAUUUGUUGUAUUUGUAAAAUUUGUUGUUUUAUAAAAUUUAUUUGGUAUUGUUUAUUUAUUUAAAUAUAUAAGUUCUAAAAAUAUA